GAAAAGAGCGAGAAAGUUGUCGCGCGAGAAGGGAUGCCUGCCAAGGGGGAGAGAGGUAAGGCGACGGACUUUAGCAUCGCGGCCAUCAUGGCGCCCAGGGGUCCGUCCUUCGGGCAUUACCACCUGCAGGGCAUCGGCAACGCCGCGACUAGCCUCGAGUGUCCUACCACUAAAGGAUUCGUCGCUGGAUCGAAUCUCGAUCAUCGCGCGAGAACGUCCCCGGUGAACAUCGUAGCGACUGCUACCGUGGUGACGGACGAGGCUCUCUUGGUCGAGGAAGAGGUCGAGAAUUGCGAGGUCGAGGAAGAGGUUGAGAAUUGCGAGGAAACGGAAAAAUCAACCAACGAGGAAGACGAGGAGGUCGACGUAGACGUGGACGUCGAGGAGUGUAGCAGCGUCGAGGAUGGUCCUAUUCAUGGGCAUCCGGACGAUCUCAGUACCGGCUCAUCCUCAAGCUCCUCGAGGAAAUACGAGGGUACUAAUGGCGUUUCCAAUUGCAACGAGCAUCAUGAGAGAAAGCACAGACUAAGGACGAGCUGCAACUCGGACGAGCUACGAGACGUCGAGUGUCAGCUCGAGACCAAGGAUUUGUGGGAUAAGUUCAACGAACUCGGGACGGAGAUGAUCAUCACCAAGACCGGACGACGGAUGUUUCCCACCUGUCGAGUAUCCUUCCGAGGAUUGAAAACGGAAGGGCGUUACGCCGUUCUGAUGGACAUCGCGCCGGUCGACAAUAAAAGGUAUCGAUACGCCUAUCACAGAAGCUGUUGGCUUGUGGCCGGAAAGGCCGAUCCCCCAGCACCCCCUCGUCUUUACGUGCAUCCGGAUUCACCAUUUACCGGGGAUCAACUCGCGAAACAAGUCGUCUCCUUCGAGAAGGUUAAAUUAACGAACAACGACAUGGACAAGCAUGGUCAGAUAGUAUUGAACUCGAUGCACAAGUAUCAACCUAGAAUACAUUUGGUCAGAUGCAAACAAACGGAUGACAACAAUCUACAGAUCAAUGAUCUUCGAAAAGAAGAAUACAAAACGUUCAUUUUUCCUGAAGCCAUCUUCACUGCUGUCACGGCAUAUCAAAAUCAGCUGAUCACCAAGCUAAAGAUCGACAGUAAUCCGUUCGCGAAGGGUUUCAGAGACUCCUCGAGGUUAACGGAUUUCGAUCGAGAUCCGAUGGAGAUGAUGGAGCAACAACUGGUGAGAUGCGGAGUACCACCGGUGAGAUUGUACGAACAUCUCGCGAUGUCCUCGCCGGCGGCAGCGGCAGCCGCUGCAGCAGCCGCAGCCGCGGCGGCUGCUGCCCUUGGGGCCCAACAGCAGCAACAGCAACAACCGCACCAGCAUCAGCAACAACAGCAGCAGCAAUCGCAGGAAAACGGUGGACACGCGACGGCUGCGGCUCUGGCUCCUUGGUUAACAGCGGCAGCGGGGGCCUCCUCGGCCCUUCUUUACGGGGCCGCUGUUGGGCAGACCCACCCUGCCACCAGGGCUGCGAGUAGCUCGCCCUCCCCCUACCACUCCGCGGCCGCGACUUUUCCCUACCCGGCUGCCCUUGGGUGGUCCUGGCAACCGUCGCCGGUCGCUAUCAUCUCCCGACGAACCUCACCACCCUCUGCCGCCCUUAGGUACGCACCCUAUCCACAUCCUAGCGGGACCCCUCCGCCCACGAGCCUACGCGUCCGCCCCUCCAGUCCCAAUUAGCGAGCCUAAUAGCUUUUCCUCUCUAUUUCCUUGCAUCUGUGCGUUUACUUACUUAUCUAUGUAACAUACAACAUGGCCAAGUUUUUGCGAUAGAAAAGGAAAAUGGAGGGAGGAUAACUUGCAAAUUCCUGCCUAGAUUUUAAACAAAUGCGUUUUUAUCUUUCCGUUAAUUGUAGUUUAAUCUAGGAAGAAAAAUAUUACGAUAUUUCGUCGAUCAAGACAUUAAAUUAAUUCUCAU